AUGCCCCUCCGAAUCCUUGAAGGAGAACCCCCGUCGCCCCCCGCCUGGGGCACCCUCCCACUGGACAUCUACCUCCUCUCAGAAUGGGAUACUUCGCAUUCAUCUUACCUCACAGAGGCUUCGCAGCACCCCGUCCCUGAGUCCCCCUCUGGCCGGCGUAGUCGGCUUAUUCACAAAUUCCUUGCGCUGGGGAGUGCGGGACGACUUUGUCUCCGUCUCUGCUACGACGCAGACAAAGAAGAGGCGCAUAAGUUCCUAUGGUCACAGAACUUGGACGCAGCUUUCGUCUGGCCUGACAGCAUCAUCUUCAACGAUAAAGAGCUUUUCGGCGGCGAGGAAAUAAACCUGGCGAGGUUCUUAGAAACUUUUCCGGAGAGGGUCACAAAUGUGGGGUCAGUUGCACAUGUUGAGGAUCGUGAGACAAUUCUUAGGGAUACUUUAAGGAGGAUUCAAGAAGAUGGAGGGAAUACUGAAGCUGAAGGGGAGGACGGAGUCUCUGAAGAAGACAAGAACCCGCUGCUUCAAUAUGGAGACUAUCACGCUGCUUGUGUCGUGACACAUAUGCACUGGAGGACGGACGACGAAGGAAGGGACUAUGAAUUUGAUGGCACGUGGAAGGAGGGCAAUUGGAAGGAGGAUCUUGUGAGCGGGAAGGGAGAGCUCGGGGCUGCUUAUUGCGAAGGAGGUGUUAGGGGGCCCGCCCUCUGA